CUUCAACGAAUCCUCUCUAGCGGAUGGUGUGUUCGCGUUCGCCCAUAGGAAAAGUUCCGUUCCACGCUUCCACGGCAAAAGGAGAAGUGCGUGACAAUGUGCUCCGGGGCGACAUUUAAAGCGCUGUGCUACUUCUACGCGGGCUGUAACAUGUUUAUGUCAAUCAGUGCCAUCAUGAACGCGAACCGUGUUAGUGCAAUUAUCGGGUACGAUAAUUGCACCAACGCCCAGCUCGGCCCAAUCGAUCACAGGUUGGCGGCUGAUAGACCGCCGGGCGAAACGUGCAAUCAAUUCACAUACACCUUUCUGGUUGCUGCGAGUGGGCUGGACUGUCUGAUGUCGCUCGUACUAACGGUGGCCAUUGCGUUGCGAAAAACACUGCUGCUGAAGCUGUACACGCUACACCUGUGGUGUCAUAUGUCAUUCUGCUUCUACUGCUGGUUGGCCAUCCUGCUCGCCUUCCGCGGUGCGAUCAACUCCAGCACGCUGCUCUCCGUGUGGGGCGUCGUCUUCAUACUGGCCAGCGUUUACUUCGCGAUGGAAGUCUGGAUAACGCGGGGAGCCUACGAAGCCGUACGUGUGGAACGGGCGAAACUGAAGCAGCUUGCAACGGCACCGGAGCCCGGCCCCGGUGAUAUGCUGCUGAGCAUGGGUGGAUUUAUCUUCUGAGAAGCGCUCGAAAUCUUCACCAACGUUCUCGUGUGAUCAUGGUGAUGAUGACGAUGAUGAUGAUGAUACAUCACCGCAGCCUUCCCUCGCUAAACAUGGCCGUCAUCGUACACAUCCGAUUUGAGGUUGACUUAUCCGCGCACUUGUGUGGCGAGACUGUGCGGUAGUAACGGGUUGGCACGAGUUGUGGCACGAGUCAAUAAAUCGAGUUUGUCCUCAAGCGGUGUUUUGAGAGCGGAAAAGGGUGUGGACCAUGUACAGCGAGUUUAAUGAGAAACGGAUUUAAACGGAAGAUAAUAAAGUACGUGAGCACACUUACGAGGUCGGGUGGGUACGAAUGAAUGGUUUUCUCGCACGGAAUUCAACUAUUCAACCGAGCAGAACUACGUUACAGGCCGCAAAAUGUAAACGAAUGGGUGAUAGUGCAGUUGCUAAGAGUAAAUAUGGAUCGAGUUUAGUGCGAGUGUGUGACACUGGAAGAAAUGUGUGUUUGAUGGUUUUGUUAGAUAGUACAUGAUUCACAAUAAACACUCAAAAUAGCAUAAUAAACAAAAACAAUUCGAACAUAUACAAAUGUAA